CCCAUUUAAGCGGGUUAGAAUUACUUCAUCUAUCUAAAAAAAUGAAGUGGAUUUGUAUUUUAGCAUUUGCAUCUUUGACAAUACUUUCUCAGUUAAAAUUCAUUAAUGGAUACAACAUAAAUAAUCCAGCCUUUACAACAUUAAUACAAGUCUUCGACCUAAAAGCUAGAGUCCUUAUUCAGAAAGAUUGGGAAGAGAUAUUAAAGUUGAUUUUUUUUCUACCCGAUGACAUUCUAAAAGAUGAUAAAAAUGAUACCUUCAAAUGGAUCGAUGAUUUCAUCCAAAUAACAAAUUUAUCUGACAUAGAGGAAGCCCUAGAAAGAAUUCCUGUCACUUCAACAACCAAAUCAAUUCUCAAAAUAAUAUGCCAGAAUUUGGACUAUAUCGACGAAGGUCAUGAAAGAAUCUAUAACAUUUAUUUCGAAUCUUUCAAACAAGUUAACGAGGAACCAAUAUGCAGGCAUUUAAGUGGAUUCGUUGGGGCUGUCAACAAAUUUUUGGAUAAACGGCUUAAAAUAAGUCGCGUGAAAAAGAUUAUCGAAGAAUUAAAAAAAUGGCAAAACCAUUCGGAUGAAAUAAUAAAAAAAAUUACACCCAAAAAGAAUAUCGUGAUAACAAAAAGAAAAGAGUACAUCAAACAAAUGGAACUGGUAAAAAGGAAAUUUAAUAGAUACGAAAUACAAACACAACGAACAAGCGCGAAUAAGGAAAACACAGACUAUGACUUCGACUUUUUGAAAAUGUUACAGGCACUCGUCAAUGAACUUAAAGAAAAAAACAUUGCACUAGAAAGUUCUCUUGAACAAAUAAUACAGAUUGUGAACGAAUUCAACGAGCAACGUAUUUUUUGGGCAGAAUCUUUGCUGAAUAUACAAUUUUAUCACAAGAAACAAAGAAAACACAUUUUUGAAGGCAUAUUUUGGAAAAGAAGUUCUUAAUUUGCGCCGAUGGUGGUUUAUUAAGGAAAUAUGAGUUGUAAGAAAAAUUCAUUUUUAUUUUUCAGUUCAAAAUUCGUAUAUGAUCGAUUCGAUCAGAUCGAAUAACCAACUAUUAUGAAAUAUCUUAGCUGAGUAUACAAUAUUGAAAUCAAUUGUUGAAUCGUUAACAUAUGAAAUAAUUUUAAAAUAAAUUCAAUUACUUUUUUAUUCAAUUA